AACUGGGGGAUACCAAUCCAAACUGGUUUCAUGAACUAACAGAGGAGUGCCUAAAGAACAGACAUGAUGAGGCUUCUACUGGAAAUACAGGGGAGAUCCAGCCUGCUCUGCCAUCCAUGAGUCUUGAAGGUGCCCUGUCACCAAAAACAAGUGUUAUUGGUGUAGACACAGUUAGACAAGAUGAUGCCCUAGCAGACAUAGAGGCACCAUUGAGGCUAAGUAGCUUGCAUUUACAGACACAUCAUUCUCUGCAUGAGCACCAGCAUGUCAGUGAGAUAGUGACACCCAAGACAGUCCCUACCCUAACUGCUAUAGCUCCCUCUAGUGACCAUGGGAAAACCUGUCCCAGUUUACACAGUGGGGAAUUGAAGGCAGAGAAAUUGUGUUCUAGUCCUGAUACCCCAGGUCCUAGUGGUAUAACACCAGUUCAGGCUGUAGUCAGGGGGAGGACAACCAGCACCCCAGGGUCAGUGGGCAGGACACCCCCCAACUGUGUUGAUAGCCUGGGGAUGGAGGUGCCCACAGGGAUGAAAACUCCAGGAACUGAAGGGAACAUCUCUGGGGAUAAUGUCAAAGGUUCAGCAACAAAGGGGAAUUUUCGAAAAAUGAAGUCUUAUGUGAGCCCCCUGCAGAUGUCGUGGGACAGUCCUGCAUUGAAGCACCUGUUGAGGACACCUGGUUAUGAGCAGAUGUUACACAGCACUCCUAACAUAGCUGUCAGUCUUGGAGCUGAUCCUAACGACACCGGCUUGUCUUGGACCAGUUCUUUGGCAACACCACCACCUGGAACUGUAAGUGUAAACAGUGAAACAAAGCAGAAUACAUCUCUAGAGGAAGGUCAAAGGAAACCAGGGGCCCUAGCAAGAGUGCUUUUCUCUCCUGGUGAAGGUCCCUCAUCUCGGAUGUCCAAGGUCAACCAGGUUCACCUUAAUCUCACCAUAGAACAUGAACCGCUUGAUGCCUCUCUAGAUGACCUACAUGACAAGAGGGGGGCAAAACUAGCAGCUUCAGGGAAAUCGACUGGUCAAGAAAAUGACGGAGAAGGCACAGAGGAAAGGCAGUGUACUGUGACUUUUGCUUCUAGCAGCUCUCAUGAGGAGGGUGAUGUACAGAAAAAAGCAAGAAAACUCAAGACUGAUGGUGCUGUACGUGAAAAAAAUUCCAUUGCAAAAGCUGGUGCUGCUCUGCCAAUUAUAAAACUAGACAGAAUUUUGACUCAGAAUACAAACAUUCCAGAAAUUGUGACUUCAGAAAAUAUUUCACAACAUUCCUGUAAAAAUUUGAAAUCCUUGAGCACCCCUGGAGACAUUGCAGUGGAGAAAGUGGUUUCACAUUCCUCAACACUGGUGAUGCCAGGUUCAAAAGAAAAGACAGCUGUUUCAGAAAAUGCAAAUCAAAAAGAAAAGGUAUUCACCACUUCUAGUCAUCUAAAUAAUGGCAUGAAAGAAAUGACUAGCAAUAGACCAGGUGAAGGUCCAGAGACUCGGGAGUGUAAGGGUAAAAUUGCAGAGACAGUAGUCCCAAUUGCUUCUAGCAAAAGUGUAUUGUGUGACAGUGUUAGAUGUAAUUCAUCAGCAACCAGAGAUUUAAAGAGUAUUAAACACAAUGAGGAAUGCGUCCCUUCCCCUACAUUGUCCUCAACUUCGUGUGCCAAAGUGGAUUCUCCAAAUAUUUCCAGUAACGUGGAGUCUGCCCUCUCUGAUUUCUUUAUGACGCCUCCUUCAAGAAAUACUGUCAGGGGAAAGCUUGGUUCCAAGGGCAGGAGGAGAAAAUGGCCAAAUUAUAGAUGUGUCCAGCACAGUGUUAAUAAGGGCAAAACUGAUGUAUGUAUGGUAGAAAGUGACAUGAAUCAAAAUAACAAGGAUCAAAAUGGUGCUGCAGAUGGGAAUAUGAGAAAAGACUCUGGUGAAGAUGUGGAUGAAAAUAUGUCGCCCAGUAUAGCAAUUAAAGUAGCUAUUUCAGACCCAGUUAUUAAAGCUAGUAAAACAGAGUCCCAGGAUGCUAGUGAUGACAAAGCCGUCUUCUCUGCAACCAGCUCGGUACAAAAACAAAAGACAGACCAGAGAAAUGAACUAGAAAGAAGUGACAAUGUACAUGCCUUUGGCAGCAGUAAAAAAAGUUCUUUCGAUCAGAAGUGUAAUGUGUCCCCGCCUUUACUUGAUGACACUUUGCCAGUUGAUCUCAAUAACCUUCAUGGCAUCCACAGAAGUCGUCACUCCUCUAAGGACAGUGAUAGCUCUGAAGUGACAUUUAAAACCCCUGGGAAAGUUGAAACAAAGGGGGUUACUGAGACAACAAAGAAACCCAAGUUAUCAGAAGAAACCUGUAGUGGUAAUCCCCCUGCAGCAAAUGCUGGUGAAAAUGACCUGGAAAAUUAUUCCUUUGGGUCUCCGUUUGAAGCUCCGUGUACAAGCAGUGAUAUGGUUACAUUUGUCAAACCUUGCUCGGAAAUAACAGUUGAAAAAGACAGUGACUGGACUUUUCAGGAACAUUCACAGUCUUCAAACAACCAGCAUAACAAAAACAGAAAGCCUUCUGAGAAGAUUUGGGAUGAGGAAAUGUAUACUCAGAUGUCUCCUACAUUACUAACAGCAAUGUGCCAUUCCGCAGAGACAAGUCAGACACCUAAUUUAGUUGGCAUUAACAAAAAAAAUGACUGUUCUAGUGAUAAUUCAGAUUCCCAAAUGAGGAAAAAUUUUAGUGACAUUAACAAGCAAGCUCCUAUGUCUAAUCACAAUGCCGUUGCUUCUUGUCUCCCCUCAAGCUUACAGGAACAUGAAAAACUUAUGGACAGUUCUAACUGUGGAAAGAUUACAACUGAAAGCAAUGAUGACCUGUUCUCUCAGAUAUCUCCAACCACAACAAAUGCCCUUCUCAGGGCGACUGAGACAUUACCAAAUCCUCAAGAUUUGUCACCAGUGGCUUGUAAAGAGUUAGGUUCAAGUCAGGUGGUGCCUUCCUGUGCGCAAGGCGAAAGAGAAUUAUUUGUUUCAUCCAAAGUUAAAACUAGCACACAUGUAAAAACUCCAAACAAACCUGAGGGUUUGGAAGAUGAGAUCUUUGUCCCUGUCUCCACUGGAAGCGCUGACACAGGCAGUGAUGCUAGAGCUUCAUACAACACCAGUAAGUACAAUGCAAACACACCAUCUGUUGGUGGAGACUUAACACCAAACCAAGCAACCAGUGAUGCUAAAGCUUCAUACAGUGCUGGUAAGAAUGAUGCCAACAUGCCAUCUAUUGGCAGAGAGUUAACACCAGUCAUAUCAACAAGGGGUAGCUUGAGCAAAAGCCGUAGUAAGAAAUUCUUUUACCCAACAUCAAGCCAGAUAUCCAAAACCAGAGCCAACAAAGUUUAUGACUUUCUUAGCAGUAAACCACUUCUAGAUCCUCCAACCUUGCAGUCAGUCUCUGGAUCAAAAAUUCCCGCGACAGUGGCACUUGAAUCAACAGUCUCCGAGUCCAUGACAACAACUACCCAGUCCAUGACAACAACUACCGAGUCAACAGUCUCCAUGGCAUUGACCUCAGGCACCUGUAAACCUGGUGCAACAUCUGAUUGUGAAACAUUUCCAAAGGUCAUAUCAUCAGAAGGGAGAAGUGGUGAAAAGACGGUAGAUAUGGUCUCCAGAAUGGAGGAGGAAAAGGAAGCUAAAAGGAAAGGUGCAUUGAUGGCUAUGAGGUCCAGAACAGGCUUUCAGAGCUUUUCAAGCAUAAGCAAGAAUUCCAAGUUUACCUGUUUGGGUAAACCAGAAGAAGCAGGUGCCAUCAAAACCACCAUUUGUGUGAAUGUGAAUACUGAAGAAUUAGGAGAUGACACUGUUAAACAUGAGCAGAAUCCACUCAAAGAUAGUGAAAAUCCAUCUCCUGUGAAAAUUACUGACUCUGCACAAAACUCAUCCACUCCAGACACAUUGCCUGCAGAGAAUGUGGAGACAAAUGAUUUUUCUGUAGAAGAUGAAGAAAUGUUGGAGCAGUGUUCAGAUGUAAAUUUGAAUACACAAGAAAAGACUCCCCAAAGACCUGUUGAGGAAGAAUUGGAAAAGACAAAAAAUGGGGGGUUCUCUGAAAUAGCCAAAAAACUUGAAAUGGGUGCUACCGGAUUCAAGUGUGCCAGUGGGAAAAACAUUGCUUUCAGUGCAAAAAGUCUUGAGAUGGCUGCCACUAUCAUGAAAGAGAUGGAUGAAAUAAUUAAACAAGAAGAAUGCACCAUGGAAAACAGCUCUUAUUUGUGUGCAGAAAUCCAAAAUACUAAGGAUACCAUUCCUUUGUGUGCCAUACAAGGAGUAAGUGCUAAAACUAAAGAAGUUGUCACGAGUCAAAGUUGUCUGGAUUCUGUAAAAACUAGCAAUAUAUUCAAAGGUGCCAAAGAAAAGUAUGUGCAAAGUGAUUUCAUUGGACCAAAACCUAGCAAUUUUAAUGGUAGUUUUACUACGGCCAUUGAUGAAAAUAUCAGUAUAUUAAACCAGGGACUUGCAAAGACCAAGACCAGUUUCACUGAAAAAGAUGCAGAGAUCUUAGUUGGAAGAACCAAGGAAGAACAAGUUUCAUUAGCCUGUGACAGUGGCAUAAAUGAAGAGACUGUUCAGUCAAAUGGGAACCCAUGUGAGAGGGCACAGACUGUCUUGUUUUCUUCAGACAGUGGCUCCAUCUGUGAGGAUGCAGGUACUUCCAAAUCUUUUCAGAAAAGUUCAGUGGACCAUUUAGCUGGUAAGAAAUACAUUCCAAAUACUGGACUUGAUAAAGACAAGUUUCCAUUGCCAGUUGAUGAAAAUAAAAAAGAGUUAUCCAGUACAUUUACCAGUGGGAAAAGCUUGGGAGGGUUCAGUUUAGCUAGUGGAAAGGCCAUUUCUUUAUCCAGUAAAGGCCUUGCAAAGGCAGAAGCACUUGUUGCAGAGAUUGACAGAGAAUUUUCACAGCAGAAUUUGCCCAAAGACGGAGAAAAUAGUGAUAAUUUACCUGUGAAUGUCACUGGAUUUACAUUAGUGAAUGGACCACAAAUGGCAGUUUCAGGCAAGGGUCUAUCCGAAGAAAAGGGAGAAGAUGAACAAAAAGGGACUGCAAAUUCAAAUCUUGAAAAUUCAGAGUCAAAGCUGGUCAAAGGAGAUGAUGAGGUAGAAGUGACAUUACAACAGCAACGUGCUACUUGUGUAGAUGCUGCUUUAACAAUUCAUUUUACUGUAGCUGAUGGCAAAGCCUUUAUUCCAGUUUCAGAUGAUGGACUCACUCAGUCAAAGGCAAUUGGGGACAAGGUAGAUGGAGAGGACCAAUCUACAAAACAGAAGAGUUGUGAUGGUGUGCCAAGCUGUGGAGGGUUUACUUCUGCAAAUGGCAAAGAGUUCAAGAUUUCUCAUGCAGGAUUAGCAAAAGCAAGAACAAUUCUAUCAGAAUUAGAUAAAGAAAAUGAAAUCCCAUUUUUACAACAACAAAAGUUUGAAGCUUCCGCCAUGUGUGGUUUCACCUCUGCCAGUGGCAAAAAGAUCUCGGUUUCAAGCAGCGGACUUGAAAAAGCUCAGGCAAUUAUGACAAGCAUAGACACUGAGAUAUCAGUACAACAUCAGAACAAUGUGGCUCAAUUUAGUGACAUUGCUAGUACUCGAGGUUUCACCUCUGCUAGAGGCAAGACUCUAGCAAUAUCCAGCAAAGGACUAGCAAAGGCCAAAGCUCUAAUGUCUGACAUUGAGUCAGAGCUGCUGCAGUCAUGUGAAAAUGAUAAAAUUUUUGAAAGAAGUAAAACUGGCAACAUUGAUUUAAGUGAGAAGCCUUGUCCUCAAGAUUCAGAAGUUGAAGCUCAGAUUUGUUCAGCUAAUUCCAAAAAGCCUUUGGUGCCUGGAAAAAUGAAUUGUGAGAAAAAAGACUACUCAAAUGUUCCCAAAGGAUUCAGGCCAUUUAAGCCACCAAGGAUAAUGGCAAAGAAGGUAGAGUCAAGAAAUGAAGUAAAAAAAGAAGAUGCAUGUGGAAUUUCACCUGCUGAGUCAAAGGAUACUCAGGAUCCCAAACAACUGUGUAUAAACUUUCCUGAAAGUGAGCAAACAAAGAAUUCAACUGUGACAAAAGACCAAAAACAAGGAGAAGAAACACCAGGCUCAAAAAAUAACGAAAACUUAACUAGUCAGUUGAAAACUAAGAAAACUCAGACUACCUCACUAGAAUUGAAAUGCAGUGUUGUUCCACACAUUCCAAAUACUCGAGAUAUUAAACUGGCCAUGUCUAAGGAGAUUAUUUCCCCAGAACUGCCAAAAGGGAGCAGCACAUGUGAGGAGUUUGAUGACAGCUUUGAUGACAUCACUGCUACUCAACUGUGCUGUUUGUCUGGCACGCAGUUUAAAAAUGCAGAAAAGGCAGAAUUUUCAGGCAUGUCGAAUGUCACAGCCAAGGACUUUCAUAAGCAGGAAGUUGAAGGCAUUGGGCCCAUAAAAGAAAUUGAAGAUACACUCCACUUCAGGACUGAUCAUGACACAGUUUGUACAUCAGUGAGUGAAGAUUGGCAAUCAUUACCAAAAACUGUAGGGUUCCAAACUGCUAGUGGGACCAAAGUCACAGUUUCACAGGAUGCACUUAAAAGAGCAAGAGAAAUGUGGAAGGAUUGCUGUGCAGAUGAUGGAAUUGGCAGUUGCCCAGGAAAUGUGUCGGAGAAUAAUCAUACAAAAAAUAAAGUAGAUUCUACAAAACCUGCUGAAAGUAGCACAAAAGUAUCAUCAGUCAGUAGUGAAGAUAAAAAUUCUGGUAACAGACAGGAAUUGACCAAAGCCAGCAUUGAGCAGCAAUUUAUGGGGUUUCAUACUGCAAGUGAUAACAAAGUGAAGGUGUCCAGGAAAGCACUGCUAAAAGCUAAAGAUCUGUGGAAAGAAUGUCACAUGGAUACAGACAACGAAAAUAUGGUAAUUAGGAAAGAUGCAGCACCAGAGAAGUAUGAGAAAGAUGUAAAAUCUACCCUAGACAAAGUAGUAGACAAGGCAAAGCAAGACAUUCAAGUAGAUGCAACUUCUGAGCCUUUACAAACAGCAGAUCAGAUAUCUGUUAAAAAGACAGUCCACAUGCCAGACAGUUCUCUACAAAAAGAUCUCAUAGUCCAGCAAAAGUCUAGGGAUUCCAAUACAAAACCUGAAAUGGAGAACGGACCUUCGAUUUCAUUUGUAGGCUUUCAGACAGCAAGUGGCAAGAAGGUUGAAGUCUCGGACCAAGCCUUGAAACAAGCUAAGAAACUAUGGGAACACAAUGAAUUUGAUACAGAAAGCAGUGAAAACAUAACUACCAAAGCACUUAAAAAGCCAGGUGAACUUUCUCGGUCUUUCCAAGGUUUUCAGACAGCAAGUGGACACAAAGUGUGUAUUUCAGAGUCAGCUUUGAAAAAGGCCAAGGAAUUAUGGAUGCAUUUUGAAACACAAGAAAACAGUGCAAGCGUGGGCUCUGAAGUGGAUAGUGUAGAAAACAAAUCUCAGACCUUCCAUGGGUUUCAUACAGCAAGUGGAAACAGAGUGGAGAUUUCAGAGUCGUCAUUGAUAAAAGCAAGAGAAUUGUGGCAUGAGGCUGAUGCUGAUGUGAAUGAAACAUAUUCCAAAUAUUCCUGUGACACUGAACGUCUUUCAGAAGGGGAUGUAAAUAUUUCCUACACAGCUUUAGGAAACAAACAAGUUAUUGCACAAACCAAAAAUGUUUUCCCUGAGGAAAGGGCCUUUGCUGAAAAGAAAAUGAAAGAUUCAUGCCUGCCGUUGUUUCAAACAGCUUCUGGGAGUGCAGUCACAGUCUCAGCUGAGGCUCUCAAAAAAGCUCUUGGCGUGGAUGACCUGUUGACCAAGGGCACUCUGGUAGUGGUCACUAACCUGCAGUGGAGGGGGGAGAGCAGGUCCAGUGUCCCCUGUUAUUUUGCCAGUGAGAUGUGCCACUUCACCACCAGACCUAAGGAUGAACACUUGAAGAUUUCUGUAGAGAAGCUGCAAUCUGUUAUAUCUUCACCAAAGCAGUUUAUAAAUGAGAUGGAGAAGAAGUUGAGGACCAUUGUAUUUGGACAGCCUGUCCAGCAGAAUGAUGAUAUAUCCGUGUCCAGUAAAAGCUCAAACUCUGUGGUCAAGAUCCCAUCCAGACCAAGGACCCCUGUAACCACAUUUACACCAGUGAGACCAUCUCCAGUACCAAAAACGUUACCAUAUUCUAAAACUGAUUCUUCCACACCAAAUUCAAGGUUCAGUCUUGACAUGAAAAAUACCCUCAUGCAAGAAAGCUCGGAAGAGCAAGCAGACGAUCCCCGCACAGCUCUUCAGCGCAUGAAGGCAAGAAAGUUGGAACAGUAUGGAGAACCCCCUCCAGUGUGUCCACUGCCUGUUUCUGUUCCCUCAGCUCUGAAGCGAGGGUUUAGGGCCCCUGGUCUUAGAAGCAGUAGUCCAAGAAAUCUACCUUUCAUUUCAAGAACCUCAAGUAAUGAGCAAAUAAACAUUGAUGACAAUAAAGUGAAAGAAAAUACAGCCCCUGAAAUUACCAACAUGAAAAGAAAGGAAUUUGACAAUUUGAAAAGACAAAGGAAUGAGAAUUGCCAAAAAGAUGAAGAGGUCCUUGAAGGCUGGGUGAAAAAUACUCCAAGCCAUGAAGGUGUUGGAGCAGAAGUGUCACAUAAGGACCACAGUCAAAUUUCACAAGGAUCCCCAAAGAAUGGUCCAAAGGAUGGAAGUGAGAAGAACCUUCAGACUGGUCACUGCAAUACUGACAUAUGUGACAAAGAUGGCCAAGACUGUAAACAAAAUGAAUUUGAGAAAGAAGACAAAAAAUCGUGUGAAGGACACUCAGCAGUACCUAACAUUGACUUAAAAUCUCAACAAAUUUCAGAGAAACCACAGAGCAAUUCUUCAUCUCAGGAUUCUCAGAUAACUAACCAAAGUUCCCAGCUAAGUCAACAGUCACCUAAGACUGCUUCAGGGAAAGCUAAGACGUCUAAGAGAAGACGGACAGCCACCCUGGAGACGAUAGACUUUGAUCAACUGAUUUCUGUUCACGAGGGGGAAGGGAUAGGGGAGAGGUGCAAAAAGCGACGUAGAUCAACAAGAUUAUAAGGAUCGAUUGUUUAAAGAUACAGGGUAGAUCUAUUUGUUAUAUCUUAAUAAAGUGCCAGCUUGGAAAAUUAUUAUAUGGUGCUUUCAAAACGAAAAACGCAUUCUUUGAAAAAGAUGAAUGGAUGAAAAAUGUAUAGACUUAAAAUUUAGAUCAAAAUGGAAAGGUAUGUCAUUAUAAACAGUCUUGGAGUUAUAAAGUGAAUCCAUCUUAUAUUGUCAGGUGCGUAAUUGUAACGAUGUUGAUUUGACGGGAAAUUAUUCAAUAUACUGUGCAAUGACAAACUUAAAUUGGUAAAAGGGAUAUCAACACACUUGUGUUGUAUUUGCUUGUAAUUAUUAUCAAGCUUGGAGAUAAUUAUGCAACUUGUCAGCAUAUAAUUUUUUUAUAAAUUAUUUAAAUUGUUCCUGAAAUAAUUCCCGUGUCCUUCAGUUGGCUUCUAGAUAAAAUUCAAUUUUUAACAUGUUCUGAUGGUCCCCGACUGUUAAUUGAACACUCAUAAAGUUACGUUUUAAAUUUCUCUUUAGCAGUUGUCAUUAGAGUUUUACUCUACAAUGUGCAUUUUUACACUCUGUGUAAUAAAGCGUUUUACGUCCAAAUUUAA